AUCAUUUCCAACAUACACCCAUGGAGAAUUAACAAGAACAGCAGAUUACAUUCUAGGAUUAUAUCAUAAACUCAUUGGGGCAGAUUAUUCAAAGUGACCUCUUGGCAUACUAGAAAUGUAAUUCUAUCAUCUCUAAUUAAUUUUCAACUUGGCUUUAUUAUGAAUUGAUCUCCACUAUCAACUUGAAUAGUAAUAUCUUUAAUAGAAAUCCAACUCCAUAACUUAUAUUUCUAUGUUCAGAGCUAUUCGAGAAUGCUAACUAGGAGUUCAUCGAUUACUUAUUUGACCUUGUCGAAGGUUUGAGUGAAGACUAGGCAGAAACGAAGCGUGGCUUAUUUCGCUACUUAAUUAGUGUUGUGGAAUAAGACUUUAUUGCAGAAACAACGUGUGGGUAUUUUUAUAAAGUGAUGAAUUCGAUCAUCUAAAAAAGAGGUGCAGAUGUUUGCAACUUUUUGGAAAAUGAUUAAAGGAUAAUAUCCUCAUUUUUAAAGCAUGUAGACUAACCUCACAUCUGCAGAAUUAUCACAGAAUUGAUUCUGUUUGCCAAUUAACCCUCCAAGAUUUUAGACUACUCUUAUCUAGCCUAAUAAAUUUCCGAUAGACUAUUCAAGAUAAUGGAAAGGAAAUCACAUCAAAUCACAAUUGUUGAUAAUAUUUGUGAAAUAUUUGUAGAAAUACUAACAAGAAAAUCACAAAAUCCAAAUUUGGAUAUCCAAAAACUCAUAUCAAUAAAACCAAGUUAGUUAUUUUAAAUAGCAGUUUAAUCAAAUUCAGAAGGACCUCAUAGUCUCUUAAUUCUGCUUUUGGAAUAUGCAAAAAAUAACCAACAAGAUCAUGUGGAUUCUUUCAUUGAUAUUUCACAUUUGAUACCUUUAGAGUUUGAGAAAACCUAUUUAACAAAUAUACAAUAAGAUAGAUAUUUUAAUAAACUAUUUGGCAGAAAAAAUAUGAAAUUAUUAUUUCUUACUUCGUAAUUGAUUUAAUUAAAUAAUAAAUCAAUUAAUUCUAAAUUAAUAGAUAAUGGACUUGUCAAUGUACUAGUCAACACAAUAUAAGAAUUUCCGAUUCACAAUCAGCUUCAUUUCACAGCAUUUGAGAUAUUCGAAAAACUUAUAGAGAGCGAGCAAAUCGAUAACAUCUUAGAUAUGAUUGAUUCCUUAUGCAAUUUUAUUGUCACCUAACUAAAUUAAACACAAAACUAUGUUGGAUAUAGAGCAUUCUUGAGUAAAUUAGCUAAUUAUUUGAUUAAUAAACAACAUAUUCCUGCGAUUCAAAAAGCGUUGAAAAAUAACUAAUAUUGGGAGGGAUUUGUUCAAACAAGGUUAAAAGAUAUCAAUUAAGUAGAAUUGAAUUUCCUUUUUAAUAUUAAUCCAAGAUGUAAAAUUUUGACAUGA